AUGGCCGCCCCCCAACAUGGACGAAGCCGCGGCUUCAGCGUCAAAUCCGACAAGUCUCUGUCAAAAGAAUCAGGCACUUCCAGCCAUAAACGUGGUCCUUCUGAAUCUUCCGAAGAGAAAGCGCGUCGCAAUUUACACACGAAAGCCGAUCCUCUGGUCGCCAUGAACGAACUCCAGCCCAGUAUGAUGGCCCUGGAAAAGUCCAAUCUGGGCUCCCUCCGCGAGAUGGAACACAAAGAUCAAUUCGGGAAUGUUAUCACCGAUCCUGACCUGUCAAACCCCACCCGACCACGUUUCGAGCGACCGUUAGAUACAAUUCGAUCAUUUGAGGCGGCCAUCUACGGCAGCAGUCGUGCGGCAUACGCCCGAACAGAAGAUGCAGGAUCACAAAUGGGCGAUUUCAGCAGACGAACAAGCUACUACGGAGGCCAAAACAACCACUCAUCCCGCUACGACCAGCAAAACCCCCACGGCCAAUCCCAAUCGCGCCCAGACAGCGUCAUAAACGCGUACCAGAACACACCCCAAGCCCAGGAAAACCCCUACCCAUACAAUAACGGCAACGGCCGCUCCUCCCGACGGCCCCAACACCCACGCGGCCCCUCAACCUCCACAGUGCCCGCCUCCCCAAUCUCCCAAGAUCCACAAUACGGCAAUAUCGCAAACACAAUGCACAACAACAACAACCAAUACGGCUACCCGCAACCCGGCCACGGCUACCAACGUUCCUACGAUAACGUCACUGCGCAGUCUGGCUCCGGAUCGGGCCAUACGGACGUCUACCAGACUACAGAUCCCAGUUCCCUGAAUAGCUCUAAUGACCAUUUGCAGCAGCAGGUCCUGCACCAGCAGCGGAUGGAUGAGCGUGCUCAGGCUGAAUAUGGGUUUAAUGGGUUUGGGGCUUCGCCUAAUCUUAAGGGUGGACAGCAGGGCGUACAGCCCAUUGGAGAUCCGAAUUGGGGUGGGCCCGUUGGUGGACGGCCUGUUCCUGCUCAUGCUCCUGCUCAGGCUCAGGCUCCUAUAGCUAUGGGUGGGGGUAGAGCUGGUGUCCUUCAGAAGAAGGAGAGUCAGUCUGGUGGGGACAAGAGGAAGAGCUGGUUUAAGCGCCGGUUUAGCAAGGAUUGA